AUGCUGAAGUUAUCGAGAAGUGCCAAUCUGAGAUUGCUCCAUGACAGUUCCAGGUUUCAAUUGCGAACCGCAAGAAUGAGUGGCAAUGGCGCUAAAUUGCUCACUCAAAGGGGAUUCUUCACUGGAACGCGCCUGUGGCAACCAAAUGGCAAGAAACCAUUAAGCAGAGUACCUGUAGGAGGUACGCCCAUCAAGGAUAACGGGAAAGUGCGGGAAGGCUCGAUCGAGUUUUCCACGGGGAAGGCCAUUGCUCUAUUCCUAGCAGUCGGUGGAGCGCUUUCUUAUUUCUUCAACAAGGAGAAACACAGAUUGGAGACGCAGAAGGAGGCUGAAGCAAACAGAGGGUACGGGAAACCUUCGCUAGGAGGACCCUUUCAUCUGGAGGACAUGUAUGGCAAUGAGUUUACGGAGAAAGACCUUCUGGGUAAGUUUUCUAUAAUAUACUUUGGGUUUAGUAAUUGCCCCGACAUCUGUCCUGAUGAACUGGACAAGCUCGGUGUAUGGCUCAACACUCUUUCUUCAAAGUAUGGCAUUACUCUGCAGCCGUUGUUUAUAACCUGCGACCCAGCGAGAGACUCCCCUGCUGUAUUGAAAGAGUACUUGAGCGACUUUCAUCCCUCCAUCUUGGGAUUGACGGGGACGUUCGAUGAGGUAAAGAACGCAUGCAAGAAGUACAGAGUAUACUUUUCUACGCCUCCAAACGUCAAACCGGGCCAAGAUUAUUUGGUAGACCACUCCAUUUUCUUCUAUCUCAUGGACCCUGAGGGACAGUUCGUGGACGCCUUGGGUAGAAAUUAUGACGAGAAGACAGGCGUGGAUAAGAUCGUGGAACACGUCAAGAGCUAUGUGCCUGCAGAGCAGCGCGCUAAGCAGAAGGAGGCUUGGUACUCCUUCUUAUUUAAAUAG